AUGGCCUCUCCGAAGAUUACGCCAUUCAAGAUUGGGGUCCCCGAGGCGGCUAUACAGCGCCUCAAGGAGAAGCUCGCAGCGGCGUCGUUCACCGACGAGACGCUCUUCACCGACAGCUGGGACUAUGGCGCGCCAUUGAGCGACGUCAAGCGCCUUGCUGAGCGAUGGCGCGACGGCUUCGAUUGGCGCGCGCAAGAGGCGAAGCUCAAUGAGGUGCCGCAAUUUACGACCAAGGUGGACGUGGAUGGGUUCGGGGAGCUCAACAUUCAUUUCGUGUACAAGAAGAGCAGCAGGAGGGGCGCGAUACCUCUGCUGUUCUGCCACGGCUGGCCGGGGAGCUUCUACGAGGUCCUCAAGAUCUUGCCGCUUCUGACGGAGCCAGAAGAUCCCGAGGCACCGGCGUUUGACGUCGUUGCGCCGUCGCUGCCCAACUUUGGGUUCUCGGAUGGAGUGAGCAAGAAGGGCUUCAGCAUCUCGCAGUACGCCGAGACGCUGCACAAGGUGAUGCUUAACUUGGGGUACGAUAAAUACGUCACUCAAGGAGGCGAUUGGGGCUACAUCAUCACCCGCCUCAUCGGCGCGCAGUACCCCUCCCACUGCCUCGCCUCUCACGUCAACUUUGUGCGCGUCACCGAAGCGCCCAAGUUCACCAACGCUCCCCUCCUCUAUCUCCGCCACGCGCUCGCCCCAUACACGGCGCUCGAGCGCGCAGGCCGCGACCGCAGCGCAUGGUUCCUGACCGAAGGCACCGGUUACAACCUCGAGCAGAGCACACGCCCUUCAACGCUCGGCUUCGCGCUCGCAGACUCGCCCGUCGCGCUGCUGGCGUGGGUAUACGAGAAGCUGCACGACUGGACCGACGGGCCGUACCCGUGGCAGGACGACGAGGUGCUCACCUGGCUGUCCAUCUACGCCUUCUCGACGGCGGGCCCGGCCGCGAGCGUGCGCAUUUACUACGAGGCGAAGCAUGCGGGCGUGGAGCAGACGCAGAAGGGGUUCGAGUACGUGCCGGGCGUGAAGCUGGGGGUGAGCAUCUUUCCCAAGGAUGUGCUCGUGCCGCCGCUUAAGUGGGCGGAGGGUUUGGGCCCGUUGGUGUUUGGCAGGAUGCAUGAAAGGGGUGGGCACUUUGCGGCGCAUGAGAGGCCCGAGACGCUGGUGGCGGAUCUGCGUGAGAUGUUUGGCAGGAAGGGCGGCGCCGGGGAUGUUGCCAAGGUCUUUAGGGCUAAGCUUUAG